CGCGUCUUCGGCGGUGGCAUAACAACCUUCCUUAGUAAGUCGGGCUUGAUUGGGGAAAAGCUUAUCGAUAAGAUCCCGCUGACUCAGCUAAAAAAAAAAGUUGCGCUGCAGACGUGCAAGAAUUGCGGAGAAACCGUUUGCACCUACGAGAGUGCCAUUGAUUCUUCGCUCGAUCUUUGAAUAUAUUUGGGCACUGCUUAUUCAAAAACGAAAUAUGUCUGGAGAAACAGCCACUCCCUCCGGCCUAGCCGCCAAGGUGGACAAGAAGCGCAAGAGACAUGCGGAAGAAUCCUCGAAGGAGACAAAAGCCGCUGCCUCCAAGCCUACCGGUGAUGUUUCCGAGGGUCAUCAGAAGAAGAAGAAGAGGAAAAAUGGAAAUAAGAAGACAGAGGACACCGAUAAACCGAAGAUGAUCAGAGGAGAGCCCUUGGAGAAAGAGCGCAAAGGUGGCAUGGAUGAGUCCAUUGGGAAGAUGGAUGGCCGGCUACUUGCAGACCACUUUGCGCAGAAGGCCAAGCGACACAACAAGGAGCUGACUGCUGUUGAGCUGAGCGAUAUUAGUGUUCCAGACUCCGCUUUCCUUGAUACAUCAUCCUUUGAUGCCGCAAGAACACUCGAGAAGCUUCCUGAUUUCCUCAAGGCCUUUAGUCCUAACAAAGGAGUCGAUUUCGAGAAGGCAUCUCAGCACAAGGGCACACCUCACACCAUUGUUGUCUCUCCUGCUGGUCUGCGUGCCGCCGAUGUAGUGAGGUCCCUUCGAACUUUCCAGACAAAGGAAUCUCCUAUCGGUAAGCUGUUUGCGAAGCACAUUAAGCUGGAGGAAGCCAAGCAGUUCCUGGAUCGAGCACGAGUGGCAAUCGGGGCUGGAACCCCGGCUCGAAUCUCUGAUUUGAUUGAUUCUGGAUCCCUGAAACUGGAUGAGCUGGAACGUAUUGUUAUCGAUGGAUCGUACGUUGAUCAGAAGCAAAGAGGUAUUUUCGACAUGAAAGAGACCCAUCUACCACUUCUUAAGCUCCUUACCCGGUCCGAGUUUCGUGAGCGGUAUGGAGCAAAGCAGAAGGGAAUUAAAAUCUUGGUGUUUUAAGUUAUGCAUAUUAUGGAUUACGUGGCGUUAAUAAAGUAGGGCUUAGCUUUUUCUUCUUAUUCUUGUGGAAGUUUGAUAUUGUCGGCAUGUAUAUACCU